AAGAUAAGCCAAACUCAAGAAAACUCUAAUUUUUUUGUCUUUAAAAAGGACUUGUACAGCAAACGGCAUCGAUUGAAUAAUUGUUUUUAAGAUGACAUUUUUAUUCCAAAUUUAAUUGACCGAAAAAGUGACCUUAAAUCACAUCAGUUUUCUAUAAACUAGUUUCCAUCAUACAGGCAUUAAAUAAAAUAAAAUGAGAGCAAAUAAAUAUCAAAUCAUUACAUCAAUAACCCCCAACCUGUCACAGCUUUGCAAAGCCAAAGACCUUUACAGAAAAUAUAAAAUAGCCGGGUCACUACGAGAUGUAGAUCUCGGUCAAAUUAGAACACAAUUCUUUGAGUUUGUUGUAAAUAGAUUGACAAUAGCAGCGAAGGACUUCAUUUUGCAUUAUGGAAGAAUUAGUACAAUAUUUGGAAAACUUUUUAAAGUACUAAAAUUGAAAAUUUUGAUAACCAUACCAUACUUAUGGAUAUAUCAUAUCGCUGACUUUCCUAUAGGGAUGCCGUCUAGCUGAGUUAUAUCGCCGUUUAUUUUUAUUUUGCGACAUCAUCUAAGGAUUUAUUUUAAUUUACAUGGUGUACAUAAAAACAAUCUUAAUGAAAUACCUACUCAAGCAAAAAAAUUAUAUAAAAUCAUAAGAAUUUAUAAUCAAUUGAUGUGAAUAGCUUUAAGGCGUUUAUUUCAUUUUUAGUUAUUAAUUUUUGAAGGUGGUAAAAUUUUUAUAUUGGGUAUAUAAAUAAAGUCGGAGCAAUGAUGCCUUCAUUGACACCUAUGUGAACUUUACGUAAGACCUGCGUAAUAUACACGUGUCCACCAUAAGUUACUUGUUACGGGUAUAACUCCAAGGAUUUAGCGUAUACAAAAUGUAUUAUACUCGUGCCUUCCUCGUCAAAGACUCAGUCGAUAAGAAAUCAAAAGCCGUUAUAAUGUUCCAGAGACAUACUUACUUAGACAAAGGCUUAUUCGUACAUAGGGACAAACAGCGCUUGUUACAUAUGUGUGACCUACGGACUACUAUACACACUCCCGUCUUCUACAGUCAAACUCUUUACUUCAGAGAAUACACCAUUAAACCGAGUUAUGACAGUAGCUGAAAUAUCAAUUAUGGGAAGCAUCUCAUGCGCUAGCACGUUUGUAAUGAUGCCAUUUUAUGGAUAUCUCUUGGGCGUAUUUGGAAGGAAGCGUUCCAUAAUUAUUUUAUAUUUACCACAAUUGCUGGCAUGGAUAUUAUUAGUUACGCUAAAAAGAGUUGAAGCGCUUAUUUGUGCGAUGUUUCUCUGCGGUAUUGGUGGAACUCUAUUUUCCAUUUUUCCCAUCUACAUCAACGAGUUUUGUGAACCAUCCAUCAGAGGAGCCCUGAGUUCCAGUGGUAUAAUCUUCCAUGGAGUAGGAACAUUAUUAUCUUAUUGGAUAGGUGGUACAGUACAGUAUACUACAAUGACCUAUAUAGGACUGAGUUUGGUCAUCAUUGGUAUGGUAUUAAUCUUAUUCUUAAAAGAAUCGCCUUUGUAUUUGAUGAUCAAGGGUUUGGAAAAAGAAGCUGCUAAAUCCAUCGCCUAUUAUAAAGGACUGAAUCUUGAUAGUAUAGAAAUCAUAUCUCAUUUAGAGACCUUAAGACAGCUUAUAACCAGUGACAUCAAACUAAAUGACAUUCCGGAAAUGGAGAGCUUAAACUCAGAAAUAAAAUCACCCCAGCAAAAUUUAUCAAUAUUAAAAUUUUUAAGGAAUUCGCCUUCUUCUCGUCGUGCACUUAUCAUACUAAUCGUUAUUUUUACCACAUGUAUAUUUCAAGGCUUGGCUAUAGUACAAGUAUUCGCACAACCUCUAUUUGCGACUGCGGUUCCGAGCAUGUCAUCAACUUUAUCGUCCGUUAUAUUUGCCUUGACAAUCGUAAUAUCUGGCAUCUUUGAAGCCGUCUUAGUCGAAGCAAUUGGUCGACGAAUGUUAUUAAUAGUCACUUCAAUCGUAACCGGUCUGUUGUGUAUAAUUUUAGGGGUGAAAAUACAAUUUCAGUGGGGUCCAGGGUGGUUAACAGCUGUUUUAAUAUAUAUUUAUUCCAGCACCUUUUCUUUUGGAGCUGGUGCUGUGCCUUAUGUUUUAACGGGAGAGAUAUUUCUUCCUCAGAUCAAAAGUUUCGCCAGCACCGUCGUUUUUGAGUGUUCUUAUUUUUGUACCUUUUUAAUGCUUUUUAUGUUCAAUCCGCUCUUCAAUGCUUUUGGUCUGGGACCAAUCUUUUAUAUUUUCGCCGGUUCCUGUUUUUUAACAGCUCUAGUUACAUUUUUUUUUCUUCCAGAAACAAAAAACUUGCCAGUAGAUGUAAUUCAACGAAAAUUUUUAGAAAAAAAAUUAUUUAAGUAGUUAAUUUUUAUGUUAGACUUAGUAAUUUUCGCUUAAAACAAUUAUCGAAUUAAUUAAAAUUAUAUAAUGUGUCAGCGGUGUCUAGGUUAAAACCCAUAAGAAUUAAUAUCACAAAGAACACUUUACGACAUCAUUUUAUUUUAUAUAAUAAUUUUCGGUAAACUAAUUUAUAUAUAUAUAUAUAUAAUUUUGUAGAAAUGUAUAUAUAUAUAGGUAUAAUGAAUUCAAUUUCAACUAUCUUUUAAAGAUUUUUUUUUUAAAUGUAGUUUCAACUUCCGCUUACAUUUAAAAACGUUUUGUUAGAAAUCCUGAUACAUAUUAGGUAAGUCACAGAUUAUUUGAUUAUCUUUAUGGUAUUGGCAUUUGUCAUAAAAAAUCCAUUCCUUUAUUCAUUUUAAAUUAUGAAAGUAAUAAAAAAUGUUUUGAACCAUUGUGGGUGAAGCAUUAAAAUAUUCAUAUUGAUUAUUUUUCUUCCUCAACAUUUUCGAUUCACCAACAAGACAUUGUUGAUAUUACUUUGAUUGUUGUUAUUGUAUCAAAACAAUUCGGAGGAAAUUAUUUAAUGAAAUUUCAAUUGGAAUCUAUUAGCUGUAAGAUCAAUUUUGAUAUUGUAAAUUAGAAUGUAUUAUUGUUCGAUGUAAAUACGUCCAACAGUCGGACAGGAUAAUAGUGGAGCACACGAUAGGAGUGGUAACCGAUAAUGGGCCAUAAAAAAGGGCGUAAACUUAGUGAAGCGCGUAAGGUUAGUCUUUCUUCGGACUUGAAUCUAUAUAGAGCUCUCAGCUUCCCACAAAACUGUCGGGUUCCUUGGUAUAAGUGAGGUGUUGUAUAUUAUGUAGCUGUAUUAUUCCGAUACGCUUCUCGCGAGUGUAAUACUCGAUAAAGCGACGGUUCUGUGUAUGUCUUAUUAUUAUUUAUAAUGUGUUAAUGACUGUAUUGUAAAUAACUUAAAUAAAUUUAUUCAAUAGAUA